AUUUAUCUCUUUGCAAAUAAUAUAUGAAUUCGAUUCCAUAUGUGCCACUGAAGGUCCUUUUAGGUUUUUUUAUCUGCUCAUGGAAAAUUAAUUAUGGAUAUCUUGGUGAUAUGGCGGAAAGUCUUGCUUCAUGGGUGUUACAUGUGGACGGGCUCUCGGGAAUCGGUGUAUCAUCUAUUCUUACAUUCUCAUUUGGCCUAGGAGUGUUUUGGGGUUUAUGUCGUCAUUAUUUAGAAUUUUAAUUGGAUUAUGUCAGGAUAUGAUCAAAACUUGCUACUAGAAUGGUGUCAUAGCUUUGUGGGAAAAUCUGAUAAUGCUUUACUAUGUGUUAUGUGGUACUUGUGUUUUGGGGGGAAUGCAAAAGCUUUAGAUGCUUUAGAACAUUCAAUCAUGGAAUUAAGGGGUCAAUUGUGGGGAUGGCUUUUGAUUGGUCAAAUUCCUUGGUAGAUUUAGUUGUUUCCUUUCUGUUUAUAAACUCUUGGAUGCAGCUUCUGUACUAGGCUAGUUUUUUAUUUUAUUUUAUUUAAUAAAUAAAUUUAACUUACAAAAAAGGUUAUCAAACAAUGGUUCCUAUAUUAGUUUCUUAAAUCUCUUAAUGCUUCCGCGGCUUUGGGGAAUUCAAUUGUUAAAACUUCUAAUCUGUUACAUUUACAUGUUGGGAGAUUGUUAGAACCACAUAAAGAAAAUGGAAGUAUAUGAUUAUGAUUGUGAACUUUUCAAUAGCUCCCUCAAAAUUAAAUAUCAUCAAUGAACCAAAAGAUAAAGCUAACAUGGUUCUAUACAUGCAUGGAAUGAUAUAUUAUCUUUCAGUUGGAUACUCACAUUAAUGCAGUAAGUGGAGCUGCCAAUGCUUGUGCGUUGAGCCUGAAGUUUGGGGUGUCCAGAAGGAAAAUUAGACACUACUCUGAUUAAUGGAAUUCCAUCAGUGAAUUGCAGGAUUUGGGGCUAGGAAGCAACUCUACUUGGGAAUUCCUAAGGUUAACAUGACAGGGGGUGGGGGUGAGGCGUGCGUCUGUUCUGGACUGUGCCUUUAGGAGGACAUUCCUGCUUCUGAGGUUUGAAUGCACUGGGCUAUGAUAACUUCGGAAUAGCCAAAAUUUGGACUACAUUACAGGCCUGACACAAUGUUUUUCCGAAACUUCCGGCCCAAAUUCAUAGAUGUUUUUUUUUUUUCUCUCUUUUAGGUAAAAUUGUUAAUUAUAGCUUUUACAUGGGCUCUUCAAAUGUGGAUCUUUGCCAUUUUCACUAGGGUUCUUUAUAAAUAAGAAGCUUUCAUCUUUCUGCGCCGCGGACCCUCUCACUCUCUACUCUACUCUUCACCCCCCCUAAGUAGUGUUGAUAAUGGCACAAGCGUGAAAGAGUCAAGACGGCUUAAUCCUUCAUCCUGAUCAUAAAUCUUGGGGAGAAUUUUAGAACUUGUGCGAAAUCUGUUACUUUUGCGCUUAUGUGCAGCAUGAAUCAACAGAGUCAAGGAACGAGCUCUUUAUCUUCGCCGGACCCCCCUAUGAAGCGAAAACGUGGACGCCCACGUAAGGAUGAGAAUCUUGUUCAUGCAGAGAGCGCGACUGCAGGGCCUGGAGCUGAAAGUUUGAAGAAAAACAAACAGAGUACAAGUGAUGAUGUUGAGAGUGAAAUGGUAGGUCAGGUAGUCACUGGAGUGAUUGAAGGUUCAUUUGAUGCUGGCUAUCUUCUCAAUGUCAGGGUAGGAGACACCGACACUCAGCUGCGGGGUGUUGUAUUUCUACAAGAGAAAAUCGCACCAAUUACUCCAGCAAAUGACAUUGCUCCUCAUAUUAAGAUGUGCAAAAGAAAAGAUAUUCCCAUACCGCCUCUCAACCUGCAAUCUCAGCUUUAUGGUUCUGCCCGCCCAUCAGAGCAAAGUAAUAGGCAACCUGCUGAGGUGAAAAACCAAACACCUACAGUUCCAGACCAAACUCAAUCCUCUAUCCCUGGCGUACCGGAGUCACUUGAAAGCAAAUCUUUCUCCGUUAUGAUUCCUCCUGUUGAUAAUUUGCCGAAGAAUGAUGUAGGCCCUUCAUUGGAAGGAAAAGUCAUGCCACAACAAAUUUUGGAGCCUGUAACUCAUAGCCAAUCUGCCCCUGCGAUGGGACAGUCAGAGCUUAAUAACAUUGUUGAACAGAAUAAAGUGUUGGAGGAAGUUGAAGCAGCCGAAAUAAUGGAAGGACCAAAUAGCACAGAGGCCAACAAAGCAUCAAAAACCGAAUCAGCAUCUGAACCAGUUGCUGACAUACCAGGCAUUGAAGCGGUAUGUAAGGAUCCUGAAAUUCAAACUCAGGCUGUGGAUUCUGAAAAGAGUGCAUUGGUUCAUGAUGAAGUAAGGAGCCUUGAUCUUGAACUCAAUCAAACUCCUGUAGUUGCUGAACCUGCAGCAACUGCUGUCAUUCCAGCUGAUGAAACCGUAGGUAAGGAUCCUCAAAUUCAACCUCAGGGUGUGGAUUCUGAAAAGAGCGCAUUGGUUCGUGAUGAUGUAAAGAGCCUGAAUCUUGAACUCAACCAAAUUCCUGUAUUUUCUGAAUCUGCACCAGUUUCUGUGAUACCAGGCAUUGAAACCAUAUGUAAGGAUUCUCAAAUUCAAGCUGUGGAUAUGGGUCCUGAAAAGAAUGCAUUGGUUCAUGAUGUGGCAAAGAGCCUGAAUAUUGAACUCAACCAAACUCCUGUAUUUGCUGAACCUGCAUGCGUUUUUUCUGAUCUAGCCAGUAAACCAGUUGAGAUUGUGAUGGAAGAACAGGCUUACCCUGCGCCAAAGCCCAGCCAGAUGUUUGGGGGAGAGACUGUUCCAUCUGAAUUGAAGCUUGCAUCUGAAGGAUCUAUUCCUCCUGGAAUGGUUGAACCCCAUAUCUCUAGUUCUUCUGGUGCCAUUAGCAAUGUGGAUUGUGAUGUCGAAGAUGUCAUUCCACGUACACAAUCUUAGAUCCACGUUAAACAAUGUGGUUGGGUCUGAGUUCUGUUUGUGACUGAAAAACAGGAGAGUUAGACAGAUGAUGCAUGCCGUAUCAGGGCUCUAGGAAUAAACAGGUAAAAGUAGUUGCUAAUGGUUUCAAUUCUUAGGAGUAUGACAAAGACACAGUUAUAGUAUCAGACUUUCUUUACUAUUGACAGCUAAGGAUGGUUAUGGUUUUUGUUAUCAGUUUAUUCAUUUCAGUCUGGUUCUAAUUUUUACCGUUUGGAUGAUGUUGGUACUUGUUCAGUUGUUUGAUGGUUAUCCCUCCAUUAUCUUUGAAGGGCUUUCUUGCAGGCAACUAAGAAGUUUCUAUA